CAAUACAGCAUGAUGUUCAUUUAGUACAUUAUGGUCCAUUUAGAGUCAAACAGACCAUAAAGAGGAGUAUGCGAGUUUGAGUUUUCUGUGGUUUUGUCUCAGAACUUAAACUCUAUCACAGUGUGUUUUCACUUCAUGAAAGCUGUUUUGUUGUUGUCGGUAGCACUGUAAGGGCACUGAUAUUUCUAAUGGUAUACAUUUUUAAAUGAUAUCCAGCCCUAGUGGCAGCACACCUUGGUCUGCCCAGGAGCGGUGUAAAGGUAGAAGUCAGUGUUUGUUCAUAUCCCGGGUUUAGGAGUCUGCGCACGUUGGAUAAAGCUGUUUCUUUUCAUGUAUUUUGAAAAGACAGUAGUGCAAGUGUCAAAGACAUUCUCUGUGAGGAACUUUGUUAUGAAACAGUACUGAUGGCUCUAUAUGAGAAUGAGAAACAUCUGCGAGUAGUUAUUCUUAAUGCUUGUGAUCGGUGCCACCGGGUCUGCUUCACUGCAGCCUUCCACCUGCAGUCAGAAGCUCCGGCUGGAGGAGGAGGCCUCAGCGCCUGGCGGCUGGGUCUCCUCCUCCAGGAGCAGAGCUUCUCCUCGCUGCUCCUCCAGUCCCCACUUGAAGCCAACACCGACACCACGCUGCUGGCCCAUAUUGCUGGGCCUGCUAAAGGGAGAAAGAUGACUCUGGUGCUGUGAAACACUACUGCUUUAUUCCACAUGGUCCACCAAAAUCAACACAAAAUGAAAGUCCCUUUUAGAGGUCUCGGGCGCUUUUUGUUCCAUAUCAAGCAGACGGUGCUUUUCUUAAGUGUGGCGCUCUGUUGCUCAGUGUGCUCUCUGUUCGUGUGUGUCUGUGUAGGUACGAUGGAUGAUGUACUGGAUUGUGUUUGCCCUCUACACUGUGGUGGAGACCGUCACCGACCUCACACUGGCAUGGUUUCCUCUGUACUAUGAGCUGAAGAUAGCCUUUGUGAUCUGGCUGCUGUCCCCCUACACAAGAGGAGCAAGUCUCAUUUACAGGAAGUGUCUGCACCCUCUGCUGUCCUCCAGAGAGAGGGAAAUAGAUGAGUACAUCGUGCAGGCCAAAGAGAGGAGCUACGAGACCAUGGUGAACUUUGGCAAGCAGGGACUGAGCAUAGCAGCCACCGCCGCCGUCACUGCAGCUGUCAAGGCAAGUGUCCCUGGCUCUUCUCCACGUUCUCUUUGAUACUUCUUUAAAGGAGCUACUUUUCCUCUCUUUUUUCAUCUUUGAUUUAGUAAAGAUGUCGCUCUGUAUUUACCAACGGCCCAGCAGUUUGUAGCCUAUAUCUGACUCUUUGGUAUUUCAUCAAGUUAAGACAUUUCCCAUAAAUAUCACGGCUUCCUGUCCCCACUCCCGAGCAUCUCGGCCUCUGAUGAAUAGCAUUUUCUUAAUUCUCUUUCCUGUCUGACUUUGUGAGAAACAGUGUUCUCUUCCUGUUUUUUUUUAUGCAGUAAAGCAAUGCAGCAGACUAUUUCGCUAAAUUCAACCAACAGAACGUACUCACUCGGCUCGCUCUGCCAGACGUCAUAGAACACACACGCAGAUGUACUGGGAUCGGUGUGUAAAUGAAUGCAGGAGAGUUGCGCAACAAGCUGCAGCCAAUCCUGAAUAAGAUCUUACCUUCAGAGUCAGUAUAAAUGAAGUGUGUGUGAACUGUUUCCAUCAGCAUUGCGUGAAUACCUGAGUGUGUCAGAUAAUCCCUACUGAUCUCCUAUCUAAGGCCUCAGUGCACUGAGGUAAUCCCAACCAGUGGGCAACUACUGUUCAAAGUUCACAGCGGAUGCUAUCUAGCAUAGCUUUAGCUUGAUUGAGAACAUGGUUAAAUAAGACCGAUACGAUUGUGAAGUAAGGAGCAUGCAAUACUAGAUACGCUUACAUGCACUAGUAUCCUGGUUUUGAGGUCUGUUGUGGUUCUGACCAUACGUGGGAUAUGGUGUGAUUCAAAACCUGACCGGCACAAUGCCAGUUUAAAGGGGACAUAUCCUGCUCAGGUUCAUGCUUGUAUUUUGGGUUUCUACUAGAACAUGUUUACAUGCUUUAAUGUUGAAAACACUUUAUUUUUCCCAGACUGUCUGACUGUACCUGGAGUCACCUUCGGUCUGAAACGCUCAGUUUUAGCUCCUGUCUCUUUAAGGCUCCCAUCCUGAAACAGCCCAGUCUGCUCUGAUUGGCUUGCGAGAAAAACACGGUGUUGCCUUUGCAAAGGCAGUUCUCAAGGCUCUCAGGGUUCUCAAGGUUUCCAUAGUUUUCAGUUCAGCUCACAAAACUGCAUAUUCUGCCCAUUCAGCCAAUUUACAUCCGCGGCUCAGUGUGGCAAGUAAAUAAGAUGCAUGCUAGAAUACAUGCUAACUUUACAUGCCACAGCUGACUUGAGCAAGGCAAUGAACCCCCAACUGCUAUAU